UUAACCCUUCAAAUUAUAAUGAAUAAUUUGAUGGAAUGCCCAUAAAUUUCCCUACACCUGUACUUGAUAAACUGUUUCUUGUUAUUAGGGAAAUGAAUCAAUUGAAGGAAUAGAGUUAAACAUGUCUCUAAUGGAAGAUCCGAUUUUAUUAUGUCGUCAUGGUUUUGAGAACAUGUUUAAUCUUAGAUAUCUCGGCGUCCGGGCUAUGAAAUUAUCGAAGAAUGAGAAGCUACACUUAGAUAAAGUUGAUAGUGUAUCUCUUCCUGAUCAGCUAAGGUAUCUUCGUUGGAAUGAUUAUCCCUUCAGAUCCUUAUCUCCAAGUUUUAAUCCAAAGAAUCUUGUUGUGUUGAAAUUACAUUUUGGUCAGAUAGAACAACUUUGGAAUGAAGAUCAUCAGGAUCUCCUUAAUUUAAGGGUGAUUAAACUUUUUUAUUGCGAUAAACUAAGGAGGAUUCCUAAUCUAUCGGGAGCCAUCAACCUUGAAAGCCUUAUAUGUUCACGGUGUAAAAGUUUGGUUGAACUUCCUAGCCUCAAUCAUUUGACAUCUCUUAAAAAGCUUGAAUUUGACGGAUGUCCGGCACUCAAGAAGUUCCCUGAACUCCCAAAUAACAUUUCUGAGUUAGACUUGUCAAACACUAGUAUAGAAGAAGUGCCUGAUUCAAUUCGGCAUCUUGUCGGGCUUAGAAAGUUGGUUGAGAAACUCAAGGGUGGAGAGUGUAUCAAGCAAUAUUUCGAAGUUGGAAUCCCUUCACGUUUUGGAUCUUGCUGGUUGCACAAGCCUUGAAACACUCUCGAAGCUUCCACGAUAUCUGCGGUACUUGGAUGCAGAUGAGUGCACAUCAUUAGAAACAGUAUCGUUCACCGAUCAUUGUUUCAAUUCAUUCCAUUCUUUACAUGAUGGUGGUGAUGAAGUUCGUAAUGGAGAAAAAGUUUCCAUGUUAUUCAGGAAUUGCUUAACCUUGAACCAAGAUUCAAUUAAAAACAUUGUGGCAAAUGCUAUGCUUCAAAUUCAGUCCCUAGCAUCGAGAUGGG